CCUCUCCGUCUCUUCAGGUCGGGGAGGGAGCCAUCUCAGCCCUGCAUACCGCCAUCCGCGAACGCCUGACGACAACGUCCGCCGCACAGCUCUCAUCCGGGCCGUUGGCCCAAGUCGUGACUUGACCGAACAUCAUCUACGCUCCUUCAGAGUGCACUGUCUCAGCUGUCUGUGCUGUCGAACCCAAGACCUCAGACGACUUUUGCAGUACAGAGGCUCAACUCUCAACCAUGUUCCAGCCCAACCCCCAAGACCAUCUACACCUGCGACUGCACCGGGCGCGAUCGGUUGUUUUGACCGCGGAGGAGCUCGUCGAGAUCCGCGCCGCUCAGCGCACCUUUGAGGGCGCCUACAUGCGGACGGCCCUUUCGCAGUUCUCCUUCGCCCUCAUCAUCCUCAAGAUCUUCACCUCUGAGUUCUACGCCAUCGGCGCCCUGUUCGCCGUCUACGGCGCCGCCGUCAUGCUCGUCGCCAUCUUCCGCCGCCACGAGGGCAACCGCCAGUUCUUCACGUCCCCCAAGGAGGACGAGCGCGGCGGCGUCUCCGUUGUCCGCAAGUUCCGCACUUCGGGCAACAGCGUCGCCCUGCUCACGGCCCUGAGCCUCGCCGCCUACGUCACGUUGCUGGUCCUCACGUGGCAACUGGUGCAGUAAGGGGGACGGCGGGCUGGGAAGCGGGGAGGCGAUCCUACUUUUACGAUUCAUGAUGCUGAGGGAAAGCCCCUCCAGGUAUGUCGACGGUCGCCGAACACCGUAACCUGGGCAAACGAUCCGUCCCAGCGGUCCAUGAAUGAGACACGACAGUGCGCAUCGAAUAGCAGAUACGCGGACGCGCGCGCGAGGGAGAGAAAAAGCAGGCGCUCAUCACAGGACUAGACUAGGCUGGUUUGACCGAAAUAUGGGGCCGGACGACACUCACCAAACACACCUCGGCAUCUCAUGGUUGUCGUUCCCGUCGUAUUCCUGGCGGGCGCUCGACGUCAAGUACCAGAUUAGCAGAAGCAGGAUUCGCGGGAAUGCCUAAUCGGCGCCGGUCAUUCAGCAUCUUGAGGGGCUUGUACAACGCAUUCAUAUACAC